AUGAAUCUCAAUCAGAUUCAAGUUAAUGCUUUUGAUCUUUCAAAUAAUUCUCCACCAUAUACCCUGUCAAUUUCACCCUCUCAACAGGAUAAUUCCAUCAAGAAGACUGUUAUGUACACUGUGAAUCUCAUAAUCAUUGAAUUGAAGACUAUCAUUUCUAUUCACAUUCUCCUAAGCUCUAUGACUAUCAAACUGCCAAAAGAAUCUCAGCCUCUAGGCAAGGAUCUGAUGAUGACUCUGAUUUUCAAUAUUGAACUUUCUGAAAUAUCUGAUCAGCAAGCUGGGCUGAUUACAGCCUCUAUUACAGUGAGGCUGAUCCGCCUACAUCAUGUCAAAUAUACUGAUUCAACUUCUUUAGAAGAUGGAGUGAAGACACCUGCAGUAAUCUCUAACUCACUGCCAGCAACUGACUUUGAAGAAUUGCAACUGAGGAGAUUAGAUCUCAAAUGUCAAAAGAUUGAUUUAGAACUUCAAAAAGAGAGGUGCAAAGAAUUGCAGCUUCAACUUCAAUUGAAAGGACUUCACACUCAGAAUGACAAGACUAUGAUGUCUGCAAAUCUGCCACAAAACUACAUGCAAAAGAAAAUUGAGGAGGUAUAA